GCUUUGCAGAUUUAACUUAUUUUUCCUUAUUUUUUUUAGUUUUAACUUUAUUUGGUUGGUUUGUCUUUUUUUGCUAUAUUUAUAAUAAUGCUUGUUAGUGAUAAACUUCCAGCUAAGAGUCCGGCCCUGAUUGUAGAUAGUAAUGGACACGUACAAUUUAAAAAGGACAAAAAGUUUCCUUUAACUAAGUCAAAGCUACAAAGUUUGAUGCAAGCCGAACGUAAAAAUUCAAGUCAUUCAGCUCCUUCUUCUACUUGGCCUAAAAAAAAAAAAAAUAUUCGAAAUGACAAAAGAGUUAUUUUUCAGUUAUUAAAUAUUCCAACCAAACGUUCUGUUCUUUCACGAAUUCGCGAAUCUGAUAAGUUGGAUGACUCGGGGGACAUCCUCUCCCGUCUUUCAAAGGAUUUAUCCCUUGAGGAUGAUGAUACUUUUGAGGACCAUAAAAGUAUUAAAUCGAGAAUUUCUUAUAGUGUUAAAGAAAAUAAAAGCGAAGAUAAGUGGUGGUUUCAGCACGACGUCCGCACUUCUUCUGAGCAGUUUAAGGAAAAUCGGCCUGAGGAAGCAGAUCAUAAAAACAAAGCAAGUAUAUUUGGCCGACUUACUCGAUGAGAGAAGGUUUAUUAGUAACAGGGUUCUUUUUGGAGCAUUUGGUUUAUAAAGAAUUUUGGAUUUUACCAGUUUAAGGCGUUUAUAUAUUCGUAUAUUACUACUAAUAAAGUUAUAUUUUUUA